UAUCUGCUGCCUGCUAAGUUUCUUCUUAUUGGGUUUUGUGACUUUUGAGUUUCUUGCCUCUGCCCUCCCAAUCCCAAUCGUUCGUUCCUUCUUUGAUGGCUUCGUCGAUAAAUCCCGCCGGAGAUGACAAGAAUUUAACUGCUGCUUACCCGCUUCGCAUGGCGCCGCCGGCGAUGAAAGAAGAGGAACCCGACGGUGGCGGUGGUGCUGGUAGGCAAAUGGCUUCUCCGCCCCCCAAAAGGUCUUCCACCAAGGACCGCCACACCAAGGUUGAAGGGCGUGGCCGGAGAAUACGAAUGCCGGCGACCUGCGCCGCCAGAGUCUUCCAGCUGACUCGAGAGCUCGGCCACAAGUCCGACGGCGAGACCAUACGCUGGCUCCUGGAGCAAGCCGAGCCGGCCAUCAUCGCCGCCACAGGCACCGGAACUGUUCCCGCAAUCGCCAUGUCGGUCAACGGUACGUUGAAGAUUCCCACCACCACCGACGGCGGCGCCACCUCCUCCGCCGCCGCUCCCGAUGACGACGCUGCGAGUCGCAAACGGAAGCGUCCGUCUUCCGGCGAAUUCAUCGACGUUAAUAACAUCGUCGGCCGGCAAGCCUCGCACCCUAGCAAUUUCUCUGUUACCAAUGCUAACAACUCUCCGAUCAUCUCUAGCCCUAAUUCUUCAAUCUCAGCGCCGUUAAUGUCGGUAAUUCCAAUUCCGGCGAUGUUUGCUCUUCCGACGGUGACAUCCAACCCGAAUUCGAAUGCACCGACUCCGACUUUCCUCUUCAUCCCGCCGAAUCAAACUGCGCAGGUCUUAGCACUUCAGCCGGCCGGUGCUCUGAACAUGACGCCGGUGGUCAGCAUCUCUGCCACAGCGCGGCCAAUUUCGGCUUUCGUCGCCGCUAUUCAACCCUCCGGCGGAGGCGUCGGGGUCGGCUUCUCCCGACCGGCGACGACGACUCAUAUCAACCUCCAGACCUUGCAAAGCACGAGCGCGGCAGUCUCAUCGGAAAAACCUAAUCAACAAACUCCAAAUAGGACUUCUCCGGCGACGAAGGCGACUCAGAUGCUGCGAGAUAUUUCCUGGGAGAUUCGCGAGAAGAAGGAGCUUCCAUUUCUGGCUACUCGUUCGGCAAAGCAUUGAAUCGUUCCUCGCAGCAGUUCGCACCGCGUUUUCUACCGCCGGUACGGAAGUCAACAACCAAAAGCGCCGCCGUCCGCGGCGGAGGUGGAGAAGAAAAAAAAUGCGCACGUGUGAUGGCGGAGCAGUGCCCUAGGUUGGCAGGAGUUUGUUGGCGGCGGGCCCCACAGAAACUGGAAGCAGAUUGUGGACCGCUCCGGUGGGUCCCGGCGGCCGAAGUGGUGGUGGUGGUGGUGGCCCCGCCGGAAAACUUUCGGUCCGGCCGCCGCUGUGGUCCCCAAGUGGGCCUAGUUAUAAUCUAAUUGAUGGGCCCAUAACUGCAGAAAAUGGGCCUAACUAUAACGUGGCCGCUAAUGGGCUUCUGACUCAUGUGGGCCUCUCCCGAUAAGGGCGCGUUUGGUUGUUGCUUCUUAAUAAUAAAUAAAUAAUUUAUGUAUAGAGAAAGUGUGUUACAGUGUGUUAGUUCAUAUUUCUUUUCUAAAUUUUGAUUAUUAUAUUUUGCAAUAGGUUAUAGAUUAAAUACACACAACUAGUGGUCCCAUAUUUGUCUAGCAUUCUAAAAAUUGAAUUUUUCUUCUUGUAAAUGAGGCCCCCCCCCUACUCGACUCGACUCCACCCCACCCCACCCCCACAUAGAGUGGACCAUGGUGGUGGAAAGUGAGGACCACUUUCUUAUGGGGGUGGGGGGUCCAAAGUUAUGUUUAAACAAUAACAAAAAGGGGGUCGGGUCUGGUCU